GGCACAACCUUUUCCUGAGCUACUCCACACCCAACAACACAAAAGGGUAAAAAGGCCCAAAAAUCACAGAAUAUUUACAACAUUAGGAAGAAGAAGAAGUUCUCUUGGAUCUUAUCCUGUAAGACUCUCCAACAAAUUACCUUUUUGCCCCUGCUUAUGCAGGUUUAGUUCAUUCCAUGGGCUAAGCAAGAAAGUCAUUGACAUUUAGCAUCUUGUGUGACUAUACAUGGAUGAGAAAGGUGGAUUGGGUAUUAGGAAUUGGAACUUCUCAGAUCAUGCUGCUGGCAUAGAUUCAAAUUCCGGAGUCCAUGGCAGGGCUGUUCUAGAUGGUUCUUCCAGUGUUUCUGAACAUCAAGCAGCUUUUCUGAAGGUGGGUGCAUUCCCAAUUAGACAUGCCAUGAUCUCCGAAGCUGAUGCAGAAUCAUCUGACAUGGAUUUUGCCGGGUGGCUUCAUCAAAGAAACUUCAUAUCUGCUACAAAAGCAAGUGCGAAUCCUUUGCCAGAAACCCAAGCAAAUGCUGAAAUGGGACUCCCUGACAUUCACAUGGUUCUCGAUGCACCAACAGACACAUCACAGAAUCAUGAGUUCGAGACUAAAACCACUAAAAUCAGAAAGCGGCAACCUUCUACGAAGAAUUCUAAUCACAUUGCCUCCAAGGCCUUAAGGCCGAAGCAAUCUAAAACAUGUCCAUCUGAAUCUACAGCUAAUACAAAGGGCGGUUCUCUGGCAGGCGCAAAACGUGAAAAGAAGAACCAAGAUAUUGAUAUCGACAGAACAACACUUGAUUUUUCUCACGUACCUUCACCAAUAUGCUCUUGCACUGGCAUUCCUCGCCAAUGCUACAGAUGGGGUGCCGGGGGAUGGCAAUCAUCCUGUUGCACCACAAGUAUAUCCGAAUAUCCUCUGCCAAUGAGUCUCUCCAGACCAGGAGCACGCCUAGCUGGAAGGAAGAUGAGCAACGGUGCAUACGGGAAACUUCUUCAGAGACUUGCAGCGGAAGGUCACGACCUUUCUAAUGCAGUUGACUUGAAGAACCAUUGGGCCCGGCACGGUACAAACAAGUUUGUUACAAUCAGGUAGACAUGAAGAGUCGGGCAGUGCUGUCUUUCAUCACCCUUCUGGUAGAACAUGAUCAUAUCCCUUUUAAGCACGUGCUUCGUGCUGUAUCUUCAAGCCAUUUCAUGAACAUUGUGUAAAGAUUGUAUGCUUUGCUUAAACCCAAGCCAUACUAGGCUUCUGCAGUUCUCUUA